AUGUCUCGAAGGGCUCCUACCCCACUGCGCUCGACGCCUUCGUCUGCGCCUCUCGAGGGUAUGAUCCAGAAGCAGCAAGCUCACAUCGAGGAUCUUGUCCACCAGAACCGCAAAUUAGAAGAAACUAUUACUCAUUUGAAGAAGAACGUUGCUGAAGAGGAGGGCCGUGGCAAGGAAGCUGUCGCGGCUAUGCAUUUGCGAUGGAAGCAAGAGCGCUCCGAGUGGCAGGUGGGUUGCGACGCCCUCCAGGCAGCCCACCGUCUUGCGCACCUGCGGACUGCUGCGGAGCUCGACCAUGAACGUGCCGUGGUUGUUCUGGAGCGCGCAGAGACGGGGCGGGAGCGCCUCGCUCGGCUGCAGCGCGACUACCGUCUCGUCGCUUUCCAGCGGCGAGAGGUCGAACUGGAAUCCCGCAUUUGCCAGCUUGAGCGUGAAGCGGAGGAUCUUCGUGCCCAGCAUGCAGAACAGUCUCAGGGACUGAGCGAGGAGUUUGAGAACAAGGCGCAUGGUUUAGAGGCACAAUGCGCGGACCUCUUGGAACAGCUACGCGACAAGGCGAUAGAGAUCCACAGUACAAUGAAAGACAAGGAGGCAGUAGAGGAUGCACUUGCCAAGCUGCGAGCGGAGCACACCGCCCUCGUCGCAUCGUCCAGCACCACCGCCACAAAACUUGAACGCACUGCAUUGCAUUUGGAUGGACUCAAAUCAUCCUUCUCAGAGCUGGAGGCGAAACAUUCAGAAGCCGAGCGUACUGUGGCCGAACUCCGCAGGCAGCUAGAGAAAUGGCGCAACUUGGAGAAUCGUGAGGGUGCAGAAAUAGAGACACUACGACGACAGCGCAUCGAACUCGAAGUGCGGGUGAAGGAAGCUGAGACUCGGGCAGAGGAAGCUGCAGCGAAAGCCACAGACAGAGAAGAAAUAGCUGAAAAAGCGAAAAAGAAGACAGAAAAAUAUAAGGCUGCGCUGGAUGAGUACAGAAAAGCGAUCGAAGAGGCUCAAGAUGCUGCCGAACGCGCUGAAGCUGAGGUCGAUGAGUGGAAGGAUCGGUUGGCCAAAGCUGAGGAGGAGGUCGAUGCCCUCAAAGCGCAAAUGAAAGCGAGCGAAGGUGAACAAGGUGAUUCCACCGGACAGCUCGCAAAAGCGGAAGAAGAGAUUGUGUCACUUAAAGCUCAACUGCAGGCUGAGAAGGAGAAAUAUGCACAAACUCGAGCAUCGGAGGAACGGCUCGAGCAGUCUCACGUGCGAAGACCUGCCAACAAGCUUCGUAUGGAUCCUGUGUCAGAUGUCGAGGAAGUGGUCAUAUCUGCAUCCUACUCAACCUCGAGGUCUCCGCAACGGAAAACAACGGAGCCUUCGUUUUCUAAGACAGCGACGGGUUCGAAAGCGCCGACAAAGAACAUAGCACAUGAUGAGAUCUCUGAUGUUGAAGAGAUUGUUGAGGUGGAGAAACUAACUUCCGGGCGUGCGGAGCGAGCAGCAGCGUCUCCCAAACUCGCCAAACGACCAAAAGAAAAGAAUAAGCUUAAGUCAACCGAGGAGCAAUCUGGUCGUGGCCGGGCGAAGCAAAAGGAGGCACCGUCAUCGACUAGCGAGGCGGAAAUUGUCGAGCCCGAGCCAAGACCAAAGCCCAAGCCCAAGGCGGACAGAAAAGGAAAACGCAAAGCCGAUGUACUCGAAGAUGAGCCCGUUGAGAAACGGCCAGCGCCGAAAAAGUCCCGUAAACAGGUAGUGCCGGAAGAGGAGGAAGGGAGUGACGGGAAAGGAGGCGCCAAUGGUGCCGAAGGGAGCGAGCGAGACGAAGGACCCCUUCGGAAGACGAAACCGAAGUCUAAAGAGAAGUCUACGCAUGGGGUAGUCUCGGGCUCAAAAUCGCCGCCGAAACCAAAGAACAAACGACCACAGGCACAGGCCAAAAAGGGUGUAUCUGACCAGGCACCCUUACAAGGGAACUCAGACAACGAACAAGCGACGCCAAAGAAGAAAAAGCGGAAGAUCAAUCUAUUCCCCACUGCCCAGCCGACGUCUUUUGCUUGGGACCAGCUAGCGCAGACUGACGGUGGGCUGAAUAUACCGACGGAGCUGUCACCCGUGAAAGAGCCAGAAGGGACUGUAUCGGGCACCAUGUUGGGGAGGACAGGGAGCGGGUUUGGGAGUUUCGGGAGUCGACGGUGA